AUGGCCAUUGAAGACGACGAUGUUCGUGACCGAGAGGUCUGGACCGCUGUGUCUCGCCACUGGUACUCGCGAGCUAACGACAAGGCACCAACUACGGGGCGCCUGUACCACCAUUUGGCUAUUUUAGCGAGGUCCGACAUUGUAGGGCAGCUCUUUUAUUACGCCAAGAGCCUGUGUAUUCCCAUACCCUUCAAUAGCGCCAGAGACUCGAUCCUUACACUUUCCGAACCUAUUAUGUCCGGCACUGGCAAGCUACACGCCGUGGAUCGUGCGUUGGUUAGAUGUCACGGGACAUUUUUCACCGGCAAAGGUACUGAGGAUCUUGAAGAGGCGCGCAAUGAGUUUCUUUCAAGCCUCGAUCUGGCCAUGGCGAAAAGCGCUCGCCGCUGGCUCGAAUCCGGAUAUCAGAUGGCCGUGACGAAUUUAUGCGCGCUUUUGGAUUACGACAUAUCCACGAAAAUUUUCAUGAAGGCACUUGAUGCUUCGACAAAGGCCCCUUCUAGGCCGAAAAUCGUCGCUGACGAGCAGGCUUCGGCCGAAUUCCAAGCGGCUCCGUCCGAGCCCACCAAGUCUUUGGAUUCUGACGAUGAACCUGUCCCAAAUUCCACUACGGAAGCGGAAGUUGAUAUGGAGAUCCUCCAGUUCGUGGAAAGCACCGACACUAUUGUCCUGUCACCCUUAGGAGAUUUGAAUAUACUCUCCUACCUAAACGUCAGGCUGAUGUUUUUGCAUCAAAUGUCUGUUUUGAAAGGGCCAGGCGGUGCCGUGCCCCCGGCAAUGUCGCACCUGGAGGAUUCUUUCCCUUGGCAUUUGCUCACUUUAUGCUUAAACUCGUUUGCAGUCGGCUUUGAAACCCCCAAGUACGAGAUAAGAGAAUUCCCUCCCACGGCAGAGCGGAGACCGCUGCCCGAGAAUUGGGCAAUGCGUGGGCUUGUGUGGGCGGAAAUGGCCUUCCCGGUCGAUCAUUUUACAGUAAACGAGAAUAUGAAGGAAGACGAGAGGACUUUUGAGACGCAGUUGUACGCGUCGUUUCUGUUGAGAUAUGGUGUCGGGUGA